UUUCUCGAGAAGCAAUUGAAUGCGUCUUGACCGAAACGUUCAGGUCCUUUGGGAGAUGCUCAACCUCGAUCAUUGAUUAAGACCAGUUUUAGGAUUCCGUGAGAAAUCCGUUCUUGUUUUUUCCCCUGCUGUUUUGACCGAUAAAAAGAUGACUUAGCGGUUUAUGAAAUGUUUUUCGUAGCGCUUUUGCUUCACGUUAAUUUCCUUUGCAAAUCCAAAUUCAUAUACUUUCAGUUUCCGUUCCAAAGUUCAGCUAUUAACGAGUUUGUUUGCUGUCUCUGGCAAAAGACCGAAGUAACGCACCUCUUGUCUGAAGUUGAGUUUGACUCAGCAACCUAUUCGUGGGAUAAUAAUACAAUACGUUCUUUAUUUUUUUUUAAGCUUUAUGCAAACAUGACAGCAAGAGUUGAAACCAGCGAGGAAACUGCUUCAGUUAGCUUUAAGGCUGACGCGGCGACUCAUUUGAAGAAGAAAACAACUAUUUACAUCGUUUAUCUAAUCGCCGCUCUGGACAUAACAUGGAUGUUUAUACAGUUCUCAAUAACUCCUUAUUUGGCGAAGAAAUUGGGAUUUGACACUUUGUGGGUUGGCUAUCUACAAACUACAGUUGGUGUCAUCCAGUUGUUUGGGGGUCCUUUGUUUGGAAGGUUUGCAGAUAUUAUCGGGGCCCGAGCGGCCCUCUCAUUGGCGUGCGCUGCAAAUAUUGUUUUCUUCAUUCUACUGGCUAUAGCAGACUCUCCGGCCAUGCUUUUUCUCCACAAGCUUCCCACAGUUGUCAUGCAUGUCCUACCAGCUUCUCAGAUGGUUGUAGCAGAUCUUUCGGAACCUGAAAAACGCGCCGACGCACUUUCCAAACUAGGUCUUUGUUUUGGAAUUGGAAUGAUAGCUGGCUCCACUUUAGGUGGCCAUCUCGUCACAAGCUAUGGGGAGAGAUUUGCUGCGUAUGGUGGUGCUGCAGGCAGCGCAUUCAGUUUGCUGCUGGUAUUAAGCUUUAUCCCUCAAAGCACUAAAGUUCAAAGUCCAGCAACCAAAACAGAUUCCGAAACCAAAAGGAAGUCUAUAUUCAGCCUGGGCGAGAUCACAAGACUCAUGAAGUUCCCAGGCGUGACGGCAACCUUUCUUGUGAAGAUUGUUACAGGUUUACCAUCAGGCAUUUUCCAAGUGAUGUUCUCCAUAAUUGCAUUGGAAUUUUUCAAGUUGACAGCUGAGCAAAAUGGAUAUAUAAUGGCAUAUUUUGGAAUAACCCAGAUGGUGAUUCAAGGAGGAGUGAUCGGGCGACUUACAGCAAGAUACAAUGAGCGUUCACUGCUACUUCUGUCUAUCGGAAUUUCCGCUUUUGUGGGCCUUGCUCAGGCGUACAUGCAGAAUGUGUUCCAUUUCUGCCUGACUGUGGUUCCCAUGAUGUUUUCUCUCAGUGUGUUUAAUGUCAUCACAGACAGUUUACUCACCAAGAGUGUACCUUCUUCUGACACAGGCACAAUGCUGGGACUGUGUGCAUCAGUUCAGUCUCUACUUCGUACAGUUGGACCGACCAUUGGUGGCUUUCUCUAUGUGAACUAUGGCAUUUUCUCCAUAGGAUUUCUUCAGUUUAUUGUAAAUGGUGCUGUGUUUUUGUAUCUGCUGCGGCGUCGACUCAACAAGAAAGCCGAAUAAAAACAAUGAUACUUUUUAUCACCUUUUAUAACUAGCUGAUAAAAAAAAUCAGGUGGGCUGUUUCAACUGUAAUUGAACUAUUCUAGCGUAUAAUGUCAGCUUAUUAGACACAUUUCUAAAUGUUCUACUUUUUCCACAUAGGGCAGAGAAGCUUUAAAUUUGUGGCAAUUUCUCAUUCACCUCAACAAGUGCUUUAUUGAACAUUUGGAUGCUAAGCAUCUACUGCUUCGAUGAGGAAACAUGGAGUGGAUUGUUCCACUGCGCAAAACUGGACACUCAUUGUAAAAAUUCUGGGCUCCAUCGGACGCUCGGUGUCUCAGGAGGUCUUCAGGACAGUGGGCUGGGCCUGCUCGGCUUCUGCAUGAUGGAUGACCUGAGACGGAAUCUCUUUUUGAUUGACAGUAUAAGAAGCGUUUUAGCGAUCAUGUAGUAUAAAUUAGCAUUAUAUACCUAUACAGAGACUAUACUGAUCCCCAACGGCAUUCUUUUUUUUAAAUGACUGGUGUGGAGUCUUGCAACUCUUCUGUCUUCUAAAUAUAUACAUAUGGUAGGAAAUGGACCUUUGUGUUUUAUGCAACUAAUUUUGAAUUCAACUCCUAAAAGAAACGUUUAUACAAUCCUAUAUUUUAUGCAUUUGGUUUUGCAUUAAACCUGCAUUCAUUGUAAUAUAGAAGGACCUAUCGUCAACUUAAUGGUUGCUAUGUCCAUCUAUGUAAAUAUUUGUGAAAUUACAUUAGAGGCAAGGAAUUUGAGAUUUAUUGAGGUUAGUUUUGAGAGCAAUCUUGUGGGUUCCCAAGAUAUGAUCACUACAAAUUAGCUAACACAUUCACUAAAGGCAAUUUAAACAAAACAUUUUAACUUGUGGGCUGAUGAGAAAAGAAAUGACUCAAGGAGGGUAUUUGAGGGGAGAUAUCACAAACUCAAACAUUUUACAAACCUAUUUUUUGAAAGGAUACCUUGUGAAUUUUCAACCACAAUGAGUCACAUUAUUGUGGCGUGUAAAUAGCACAGCAUUAAUUCUUUUGUAUCAGCACUUUUAUUUACAUAAAUAUUUCUGUUGCUUUGACAAGAGUCAGAAACUCUUGUUUUUUUGUAUACACUAAAGGGGGUGGUGGGUUCAUCACUUCUUCUCAGGAGCCUCAGCUCCAGCUUCCAGUGUGGGCGGAGCCUCCUUGGCCUCUCGAUGAGCGGGAAACACCUCCCAUGGUGUGUUCAGGUCAAACUUUCUAAACUCCUGUGAGAGCUCCACCGGCUCCGCUACUACACGCUUCAGUUCGUCGUCGUAGCGCACCUGGCAGAAAGACAGGAUCAAUUAUUGGACAAUUGUGAAAUAAAAAUGUGUCUUUGUCCUCUCUAUUAUACUGCUAGAUCUUUGAGGCUAAAGUAGCUAUAUUUUAGUUUUUAAUUUCACAGCUGGGAUGGCUGUGAUUUUAUGCAAUCUCCCACUGCUUAUAAAGAAUGCAAAUGAA